GGAUGUUUUAUCCGGAGUUGAUUUUCUUUUUCCGUCAAAGUUGUUUAUGAUUUCGAAAUCUUGGCUUUUACGCUGAAAGGAUAUCAAUUUGUUUUGGAGCUGGCUAUUUAUAUCGAUGAUCGAUAUCUUAGUUUACAAGAUACGCAAUUUCUAGACUUUGUUGAGGCAGAUAUCCAAGAAUUUCUGCAGUGUGCAACACAAACAAGAGUGUUAGUUUUUCCACCAGUUGAUAGUUAUCAUCGUUUAUUGAUACAUAAAGUUAUUGAACCAAACAAAUUACUUCGUAGUUUUUCCAUUGGUGAAGGUGAUAAUAGACGAACUGUUGUUUGUUUACAACACGCUCUAUUAAGGGGGCGUAAAGGUCAAAAAUUGAUGUCCUCCCCAUUUUCUUCUUACCCCACAGGUAAGGGAAGGGGGAGGGGCCAGCACUUAGAUAGAUCAAGUCCAUCUCCAUCAGGGCGAAGUUCAGAGACAAAUGAUGGAACUGUUAGAAAAAGCAAAGAUGUUGAAAAACCACAGGAAAGUUCCAAUGCUUCUGGGAAUCGAAGAAGUAAAGGAGGAGCUGGAAGGGGAAGAUCUAAAAGACCAGAAAUGCAACUCUAUGUUCCACGUGGUCGGCGAAAUCCCAAUGAAACAUCGUCUAGUUCUGAAGGACAGCUGACUGAAAAAACAAACGAAAAUUUAACAGAUAACAAGCGGGUACCAUCACCUGAUGUGACAGAGAAACAACAGCCAAAUACAGAUGUAACUGACCAGCCCGAAGAGCAGAAAUCGGAUGUUCGUUAUGGAAAAAUUAGUAAAAAAACUCCAAAAGAAAUUGAACGUUACGUCCCUAGAGCCAGACGUCAACAAGUAGAAGAACAGAAGCAAGAAUGUGACUUGUCAGAAAAAAAUAAUAUUUCUAUGGAUACAGACACAGUUUUGGGCACUGAUACUACAGUACAGUAUAGUCAAGUCAACCAUAAUACUCCUCAAAUUUCUAAACAUGUCUCCAAAAAGAUUAAAAUAGAGGAUCCUGAUAUAAUUGAAAAAGAUGAUGCAGGAUGCUUGCCUGAUCGAAGUGACAUGAAUAUAGUGGAAGACAAAACAUUAGCAGUUCAAGAAAAUAUGACGAGAGAACCUGAUAGUGACAAUAUUGAUAAAUAUCUUGUUCAGAAUCCCCCCACUAAUGUACAUCAAACAGUUAACGUCGGCCAAACAUUGAAUACCAAUAUUUCUGAUAACAUAUCAAGUCAAGUCUGCGAAAGGGAAAAUACUUUAAAUUCAAACUGUUUAGAAGAAUAUAAUAAAGGCAUGUUAGAUAGGAUUGAGCCAUCUAAUCCAGAAUCGGAAGAAAAUAUCAGUCGAACAGAAUUAGAGACUUGUAAAAAGAGUCUGUAUAAACCCUUGGAUGAAGAUCUGUCUACAGAAAAUAACUUGGAAUCAAAUGAACAUUUUACUAAUGAUAUUCCUAUACUGCAGGAAGAUGAAGAAAAAAUUGAGAUAGAAAAGGAAUUAGAUAUUUCUGAUGGUGCUAGCAGUAAUAUAGUAUGUUUAAUAGAAAAUGAUAUACAGGCCGACUCUCUUCCAUCUGUUGAAAAAUUAAACAGUGAUAAUUUAUCAGUAGAUUUUCAACAAAAAAGUUUGUUAGAAUCUCCUUUUUCAGAAUGUGUAGAACAUCCCCCAAUUCUUGAUGAAAUAGAAAGUGAUAAAACUGUUGAAAAUAGUCAAGUGAAUGAUAUUCCAUCAAUACCGGUAGAAACAUUGAGUGAUGCGAAAGGUGUUCAAGUAAAUCAUGAGGAUGAAGAUGAAGAUGGUGAUGAUGAUGAUGAUGAAUCUUGGGAUAAAAUGUUUGAUGAUAAUGGAGAUUGUUUGGAGCCAUCUUUAAUGGAUGAGUUGACAGCUCAUGUUGGUGAAGUACAGAUUGAGAAACCCAAGAUUAAUUAUUUGGCAUACCAACCCAAAGAUGUUGACCUUAGUUCUAGUGCUUUUGGUCAUUUAAUAGAAAUAUAUGAUUUUCCUGCCGAUUUCCUUACAAGAGAUCUCUUAACAACCUUCCAAUGUUAUAUGAAUAAAGGGUUUGAUAUUAAAUGGGUUGAUGAUACACAUGCUAUUGGUAUAUUUUCCAGUACUAUAGCUGCUCAAGAUGCCUUGAAAAUGAACCACCCAUUACUAAAAGUUCGUCCAAUAGAGAUUGCUUCGAAACAGUCCAAACUGAAAGCUAAACGUACCACAGAAUUUUUGAAACCAUAUAAGGAAAGACCUAAAACAACAGCUAUGGCAGCCAGGAGACUGGUAUCUGGUGCUCUAGGGUUGGCCUCUAAGGUUUCAAAAGAAAAAAGUGAUAAAGAAAAAAGUCAACUAAGAGAAGCAAAAGAAAAGAAACGAAAUGAUCGAAAGCUAAAGCAGGAUGCCUGGGAUGGUACUGUUGGAAAAUGUGCUAUGGAUGAUAGUUGAAUAUUACAAAGUAGAUGAUAUAUUGUGUUUUAAACAUUUAAACCCAAAUAUCUACAUCUUGUCUACAUGUUUACUGGCCAAAAUAUUUACUAAAUUGAUUUUCUAUUGAAUAUAAUAAUCUAUAACAAGUUGGAAUGGACUUUGUUUAUUUACAUUUUGAUUGGCAAUAAUUUCAUUUUCACAUAUAAAUUUUCAUGUUCAUCAACACAUUCUUAUACGCCCACAUGGAAAUGUGGUUGUAUAUUGCCGUCCCCCCCACCCCUCGUCCGUUCGUCUGAAGGUCCAUCCAUCCAUCGUCCACACUUUCUUGUGAACACCCUACAGAGUACAGACUACAUUUAACAUUUGAUUGUUUUCAAUUGAUAUAUGUUGUUAACAUUACUGAUAUGAAGAAGCCUAUUUAAUUUCAAUAAUUUCCAUUAAUUCUUCUGGAGUUAUGGCCCUUGUUUCACCUCAUUGCACCUUGUGAACGACAAAAAUUAUCAUCCGAUCUGUAUGAAAUUUGUAUGCGUCCUUUCAAUUAGUGAAACAAAGAAUUCUAUUGAAUUUCAGCAAUUUCCAUUAAUUACUACUAGAAGUCUGCCCCUUGUUUCACUUUGUCAAACCCUAUGAAUGCUCUGUAUGAAAUUUAUAUGCAUUAUUUAAAUUAGUGAAAGGAAGAAGCCUAUUAAAUUUCUGUUAAUUAUGUCUAAGAGUUAUGGCCCUUGUUGUACUUUGUCUAACCCUUUGAAUGCUCUAACCAUCUUACGACAAAAGUUAUCAUCUGAUCUGUAUGAAAUUUAUAUGCAUCCUUUAAAUUAGUGAAACAAAGAAGCCUAUGGAAUUUCAGCAAUUUCCAUUAAUUAUGUCUAGAGUUAUGGCCCUUGCUUCACUUUGUUGAACCUUGUGAAUUACUUCCAGCGUUUGGGCCCUUGUUUCAGUUAGUAGAACCAGAACCUUUUGAACCCUCAAAUGACGGAAUUUAUAAUCUGAUCUGUAUGAAAUGGUCUUGUAAAUGCCCCCCCAUUACCUACAAAUGAAUAAAUAUGUGACAACCCUUAUCGACCACUCGGACUAUUUAGCUGUUGUGGACAUGUUUUGUUGCCUGGCAACCUAUCUUAUUUUUAGUGGAUGAAAACUACUUAUCAUGUAUUUGAUUUCAAUUUGAAUUUUUACAAAUGAAAUCAGUAAUUGUUUUUACAUCAGUUAGAUUUCUCAGUGAGUAUUUAUCUUAUGACUGGCUAUUUUAAACUGUAUUAAUUAGUCAGACGUAAUAGGUAUGAAUAUAUACGAGGGCUGACUGAAAAGUUCUAAGCCUAUCAUUGAAAGACCUGUAUAAAGUUGGUUUCCAUUUAUUUUUCUAUAUAGUCCGAUUCAAGGUGUACACACUUUUACCAACGAUGUUGCAAGACCUGGAUGCUGGUCGGGAACAAAUUUUCUUCAGCCACCUUUAUAAAGUCCGUCACAGCUAACAUGACGUCACCAUUACUAUUAAAAUGACAACCGGCUAGUUCCUUUUUCCUUUUUGGAAACAGGUGGAAGUCUGACGGGCCCAAAUCUGACCAAAAAAUUAUCAGGAUCUGCUUCAAAACUGCGCAAAUUGUCACAGGAUGUCAGGAAUCGGACACGUUUCUGAUCUGCAGUCAAGAGCUUUGGCACCCAUCUUGCAGAAAUUUUUCUCAUUCCUAACACAUUGCUGAUAAUGUGCUCAAUGAUGGCCUUCCAGGAUGCGAGUCAUUGUCAAGGCUCUCUCUCUGCCACACUUAAAUUCCGCAGCCAACUUCUUUACAGUAGAAAAGGAAGGGGCAUCAUGCCCUAAAGUGGAGACCAUGUCGGCAUGUAUCUGUGUUGGGGUUAGUCCUUUCAGUGACAGGUACUUGAUGACUGCCCUGUAGUCAGUUUUGUCUAUUUCUGGUGAUUUUACUUGUUGGUGGCCAAAAUUUGUUUCAACUUUUGAGCCAGCUCUCGUAUAUAUACAGUAGAUAAAAUA